UACAUUUAUUGAGCUCAGACUGGCAUGUCAUGAUUUUUAGACAAUGUGUGAACUGUACGAGAUCACUACCACGUAUAGUAUCAUCUAGCUACUCCAACGGGGUAUCCAGACAGCUUCGUAACAGGUCGGGAGCAGCAGCAGCAGCACAGCGCCACAAUGCUCUCAUAACCAGGUCCCACCACUCCAAACAGCGACUUUACACCCUACACAAGCGCGCGUCCUGGCUCAAGCACGACAAUGUCCUGUGUCACGAGUACAUCACACCACUGGUUACCUUUAGAGUUUACAGCACGGACAAGUCUCCUUCCUCCUCCAGUUCACCUGAUAUUCCAAUACAUCUGGUGAACCCCAAAAUAGAUCUUACUCAAACUGUUAAACAUGUUGAGAGCCUUUCUUCAGACAAUAAACCCUCCGAAACAGACGAUGUUUCGUUAAGAGAGGAGAAGAAAUCAGAGGAGUAUACCAAAACUGAGGUUAAGUCAGACGUUGAGACUGUAAAAUCAGCCAAUGUAGCAGCUUCAGAAGAGCUCACUGUUGAAAAAUUAGUCACUGUUGAGACCCCCAAAACCACAUCAUUAGUUUUAUCGUCCCCGAAGCCUUUGAUUGUAAGAUCGUGGACUGCUUUCAAGGGAUUCCUACGUCAUAAUUACGAUGGAUGCAAGCUUCUAUUCAUUGAAGUUAAGAUUUCUAGUCGACUUUCCAAGAAGAUUUUCAGAGGGGAAUCUUUGACACGACGUGAACAGAAUCAGUUAAAGAGAACAGUGGGUGAUGUGUUCAGAUUGGUCCCGUUUGCCAUGUUCAUCAUCAUUCCCUUUAUGGAACUGUUACUUCCUGUCGCUCUUUACUUCUUUCCUGGAAUGUUGCCAAGUACGUUUGAAACCAUCGAUAAGAAGAGAGAAAAGAAACUCAAGAAACUGAAGCUUAAGCUUGAUUUAGCGAAGUUUGUUCAAGAUUCCAUGGUUUCUAUGAUCACCACCCAGAAGGCCAAACCCAUGGAGUUGGAAAAGUUUGGAGAGUUCAUCGCAAAGACUCGAAGCAGCGAUCCUCGUGAUGACAUUGAAGAGCUGGUGUCGUUCUCCAAACUGUUUUCUGAGGAACUGACCUUGGAUAACUUGCCCCGACAGUACCUGGUUGCCAUCUGCCAACUUAUUAACAUUGAUACUGGGUUCCACACAGACGCCUUCCUGAGAUUUAGACUGCGGAACAAGAUGAAUUCUCUCAAGAAAGACGACAUGAUGAUUAGAUACGAAGGACUGGAAGCAAUGACUGGUUUAGAACUGCAGAAUGCAAAUGCAGAGAGGGGUAUGAGAGCUGUGGGGGUAUCCAUAGAACGACUCAGAAACCAACUCGAUCAGUGGAUGAUUCUUAGUUUGGAUAAGAAGAUCCCAAUGUCUCUUCUGCUCCUUAGUAGGGUAUCGACCAUGCCCGCAGGAAAUGCGAUUACUUACGAGGAUCUUAGAAACGCUGUCGCUCAUCUUCCUGCUACCCUUAUUGGAGAAGCUAAGAUCACAUUGGCCGCUCAAAAGGGUGAGAAGAUUGAUAACAGAUCUCGAAUUGAAGCUGUGAAAGCACAGGAAGAGAUGAUCAAGUCAGAGAAAGAUCAGCAGGCUAGGAAGGAUCUCAUCGACUCGGAGAAAGACAGAAUUAAAGAAGAGCAAGAGGCUAAGGAGUCUAGUAACACCCGUGUGGCAGCUAACCUGCAGAUGAAAAAGGAAACCCUGAAGGACAUGGCUAAACCGAUCCUAACAGAAGACCAGAUCGAGUUCAGAAGACAAGAGGUGGCAGAGAUCCAACAACUCAUUACCGGUCUCAGAGACAAGAAGAACCCACUUUUGGAGGAGAAGGGAGAGCUGCGAGACCUCAUCGAAAAAGCGCUGGUCUAUCAUAUGACGGUAGAAGAAGGAUCAGUAAAAGCCUCCGCGAAGAACAAACUGCUCUCCAACAAAGUUGCUAAGAUGCUCAACCAUUCUCAUAAAGUUCUAACUCAACUAGAAACCGGGCUCCAACAGGAAAGGGACUCAUCCUCCGAAGUUUCCGACAAGAGCGAGGAUGUUGUCCUGAGCAAGCAGGAAAUCAAGAAUGCUAUAAACGAGAUCCUGAAUGUCAGUAAGAAAGAUCAACUCAUGGCCAUCCUUGAAGCACUUCCCUCCGAUACUGGAAACGACAUCAAAACCUCUGAAGUUCUCAAGGGUUUAGAAAAGAUUGCCACUGAAGGAACUGACUUGACUGCUAAAGAGAUCUCCUAUGUUAUGAAGCUCACCCAGAAGUUCAGUAAAGAAGAUAACUCCAGCUGACAAGCUUGUCUUAAUCGAAUUUAAUGGAAAAAGGGUCAUUGUUGGGAUCGUCAUGGUGAUGAAAUCAGGCCUUAAUUGUUAUAAACUGUUUUGUACACUGAGCCAAGUUUUUAUAACUUAAAUUAAGGUUAAUUGGUUAGUCCAGUAGUAAACUUUCAAUUUUGUAAGUAUUUUUAGCACCAAAAUUGAAAUAUAUAAAAUUAAGAUCAUGAGUAGAUUGGAAUAGUAAAUUUACCGGUGUCCAAUAACUUGAAAAUACCUAAAAAAAUAGUACCAUAAAUACAUUAUACCCUCACAAGACUAAUAUCCGUCCCAAACGGGAGUUCCUCCCGGUUCUCGAGACCCUUAUCAUCCAGUAAAUUUGGAUGUAAUUUUGGCAUUUCCUGUAACUGCAGGCCCCAGUAAAUUAAGUAACAAGUUAAGUAACUUCUAAUUACUGAUAACUCUGAUACGCUGACCCUCUACUCUCUAGACCCUCCUUCUCGUCCCAGUUUUAUAAGGAUGUGAUAAUUAUGUGUAUUUAUUAGCAGUGUCCGAGCAGAAACAUUUCUAUAGUUUAUGAGUUCAAUCCAUUUGAUUUUAUUUCUUGGCUGUAUUCGGAAGUCUCUUCCAUUUCAGGCUAGCGUAUUUAAUUGACAAAAUUGUCAAAAUGAUGUGCAAUUAGUCAUAAUAGUGCAUCAUUUCAAAUGCAAAAUAAUGAGAAAGAAGCUUUGCAAUAUUAUUGAAAUAUGAAAAUUAAAAAUGUGAGAAAAAAGUCUCGGUUGGUAUUAAUAGUGUAUCAGGUUUUGAUUUAAAUGAACCUGUAUAGCCCUAGGGAGCCCGGAACAGGAACGACUCUGAUGAAUUCUUGGAAGCAGUGUCGUCUCCCAAAAAAGUGCUUAUUGUAGUACAACUGUGCAUCUCCCAAGGUGCUUUGCAGCGAGAGUUUUAGAAUUUUGUAGUUUUUGGCCCUGUCAAAUGAAAUAUUAUUGGCCAUGCCAACCAGGGAAUGUUUUUAGGAGAAAUUAUAAUGGUUUUUGUGGUCUCAGUGAACAUAUUGGGUGCUGUUUAUCCCAAUGAUCUGAAUUGUAGUAACCUGAGAAAAUAAGCGAUUUUAAGCAAAAAUGGUUGGUUAAUGCAAUUGUUAUAUUAUUCAUAAAUGAUUUUAUUAGUCGACAUAAUUACCGCAUCACUAAUACUAUCACUAAGCCUGCCCAUAUAUUCACUGAAAUCAGUCCAGGGAUCAGGGUUCGACCAACAUAAUUUGGCCACGUGUUAACCACGUGUUGAUUUUUUCGAUAAAAUUGGGAGAAUUAAGCUCAUUUUAACUGCAUACCCUACUAACAAGUACAAGUUAUUUUAGAUGACUAAAAAUGUUCACAAGUAUAUCCAGUUGGAUCUGUUUGUUGGCAAGAGCUGAGUUGACGUCUUAAUAACGCUUAUUGCUACCAUUCAACUUCCUAAAAAAACCAAGAAUAUUGUUUCUGAGAAUUAGAAACUAGAGUAAUUACUAAUUUAGAAAUUUAGAUAUUUUCCAUUCUUAUUGAUCGAGCACGUGUAAUUCACUUAAGGUUGAUUGUAGAGACCAGAAUUGUGCUAUUCAUUCCGUGUUUGUUUUGAUUAUAAUAGUGUAGUACAGCAAAUAAUGUUCAAUUUUCAAUUCA